UGUUCUCAGUCGACAUCAUGUUUCCGCUUUUCGUUGUCGCUCUUUCACAAGUCGAAAAUGGCGGAUCAGAACGUAAAGUCGUUCCAAAAGCAACCAACUGUUUUCCUGAACCGCAAAAAGGGUCAGGGACAAAAAAGUCGCAAAUCCUUGCGAUACACAAGAAAUGUUGGUCUUGGAUUCAAAACUCCACGUGAUGCGAUUGAUGGAACCUACAUUGACAAGAAGUGUCCAUUUACCGGAAAUGUGGCGAUCCGAGGACGCAUUCUCACUGGCGUUGUUCAAAAGAUGAAAAUGCAGAGAACAAUUGUCAUCAGACGGGAUUACUUACACUACGUAAGAAAAUAUAAUCGUUUUGAGAAGCGUCACAGAAAUAUGAGUGUCCAUCUAAGUCCCUGUUUUAGAGACGUUGAAAUUGGAGACAUCGUGACUAUUGGAGAAUGCAGACCAUUGAGUAAAACAGUCAGAUUCAACGUUCUUAAGGUCUCAAAGGGAACAGGAUCGAAGAAGAGCUUCAAGAAAUUCUAGAUAAAGAAAAGGUGAGAAAAACAUCUUGAGAAUUUAUAGGUAUAAAAUAUCAGAUCCUGGAAGGUGGACGUUCAUCGAGAAAAUCGACGAAAUUAAAUUAAGUCAAUGAUUUACCAUCAUCAUUAUGUAAAUGUUUAACGCAUAAAAAACAUCAAUUGCGUUUGAAAAAUAAAUUCAUUUAAAUAAAA